ACGUUGCGCAGCACACGCCAACGCUCCAUUCUGCUGAAGAAUAUCUCUGCUCCUCCUCAUCCCUGCGCUGACACCUCUGGGUAGGACUCUGGAGACUGCACGGCGGGAGGCCUGGGUGGGUGAAUGCACUGAAGAAUGACCUUGGUUUGGAAAGUAAUGGCAGGUGGACCGCUGCUCACUUUGAGCCUCGCUCUGGUCGUCCUUUGGGCUGAAGUGCAGGGGAACGGAGAGGGUAAGAAAGGAGUAUCAGGCAGUUCCACCGUCUAUCUCAGCCAGGACAGAGACAUCUGGAGGCCACUCAUCCACACGACAGUCAACAUCAGUGAGAUCAACAGCAUCAAGUCAUCCUUUCAGCUACGGACGUUUGACUCGGAAGGUACCAUUUUCUACGGAGAUACCAAAAAUGGGGAGGACUGGUUUGUUUUGUCCCUGAAAGAUGGCAUCCCUUUGAUGCAGAUCAGCAAAGGAGACAUACUUAUUAGUGUGGCAGGAGGCCCAAAGCUGAAUGAUGGGAAAUGGCACACUCUGGAAGUGAGCAACCACGGGAAGUUUGUAAUUCUGGAGGUGGACGGCUCUGAGGGAGUGACGGUGGGUAUGCAUUCCAAACAGACAGAGGAAGACAUUUCAGGUGAACUUCGACUGGCCCUGGGUGGGAUCCUGAUCAAAAAGGAAAAGAUGAUCAUUCAGUAUGAGCCGCAAAUGGAUGGCUGUGUGCGGAAAGGCAACUGGCUGAACCUCAGCACCCCCUGGGACAUAGAGGUUGAGGGCCUCUGGCCUUGCUACCAAAACAUCCGACCUGGCAGCUACUUUUCUGGCAAAGGGUUGGCCGUUUUCAACACCUCAGUUUUUCUAACUGACGAAGAUGAUGGGCUCAAGAUUGAAUUGUGGAGCGAUUUCACUCAGAUGGAUGGGACCAUUUUGAGCAUCAAGGCUCCUGGGCAGGACCUGAUGUUCACUUUAGUGGCCAAUAACAACACAAAGGUGGUCACAUUUGCUCUUGGCGAAAACAAAAUCAACAUGAAAAGCACUUUAAGAGGACUGCUGAUGCACUUUGAGAAGGAUUCACUGAGACUGCAUGCAGAUGAAAGUGAACUUGAAAGGACUGAUAGCAUCAUGCCAGUGAACCACCCUGGGUAUCUGACAGCUUGGAGAGAGGGCCGUCUUACCGUUGGAGGUCUUUUGGGUGAUGGUGAGGACAAUGUUGGCUCCCAGUUCUUGACAGGGUGUCUGGGGAAGAUACAGAUCCAAGAGAAGGAUUUGGAUCUGGAUUUGGCUGUCAAACACAUGUCAAUCUCCUCUCACAGCUGCCCUGCAUAGAUCACAACAUCAUGCAUAUACUAUAUGUGAGCUACAUGUUUGCAUUUAUUAGAAUCAAAAAAAUUCUAUUUUUAAAUAGAUAUUUACUCAAUUUGCAACAGAAUGUAAAGUAAAUCUGAGAAUUGUGAGCAGUUGGUAUAUGCAAUAGUAUGUCUCUGAGUCAUAUAUUAGUCUCCUAAAAGUUCUUCUUCUGAAUAACAUUCAUUUCUCUGCUGGACUGAAAGCAAAAAUAAAUUCUAAGGAUAGACACUGAGUCCAGUUUGACGAAAACCGAUUUAGGACGUGGAAUUUGCUCCCUCUAGUGGAUUAUUAAAAAUGUUAAAUUCA